GGGGGGGGGAGGGAGGGGGAAAGAGAGGAGAGAAAAAAAGUUUCUCGCAAGUGGCGGCUCCGCGGCCUCGCUCGGGGGUUUGUGCGGUGCCAGGAAACCCAAACCGACACACUGGACUUCACCGCGCCGCCUUAGCGCGCUCUUCCUAUUGUUUGUGGGUGGUUUGCUUUUUUUUUUUUUUUUUUUUUUUCAAAAUAUGGCAAAGGUUCAGGUGAACAAUGUAGUGGUGUUGGAUAAUCCUUCUCCUUUCUACAACCCUUUCCAGUUCGAAAUCACAUUUGAGUGCAUAGAGGACCUGUCGGAAGAUUUGGAGUGGAAAAUAAUUUAUGUGGGUUCAGCUGAAAGUGAAGAGUAUGAUCAGGUGUUAGACUCUGUUUUAGUAGGACCUGUUCCUGCAGGCAGACACAUGUUUGUAUUUCAGGCUGAUGCACCUAACCCAGGGCUUAUUCCAGAUGCAGAUGCAGUAGGUGUAACAGUUGUGCUAAUUACAUGCACCUAUCGAGGUCAAGAAUUUAUUAGAGUCGGCUACUAUGUAAACAAUGAAUAUACUGAAACAGAACUGAGAGAGAAUCCACCAGUAAAGCCAGAUUUUUCUAAGCUUCAAAGGAAUAUUUUGGCAUCUAAUCCCAGAGUCACGAGAUUCCACAUUAAUUGGGAGGACAACACUGAAAAACUGGAAGACGCAGAGAGCAGUAACCCAAAUCUACAGUCGUUGCUUUCUACAGAUGCAUUACCUUCAGCAUCAAAAGGGUGGUCAACAUCAGAAAAUUCAUUAAAUGUUAUGUUAGAAUCUCAUAUGGACUGCAUGUGACUAACCACCAUCACUUUGGUACUGUACAUGUGUUAAACUGUAAAAACAACCAGAACUAUUUCCCUCAAAUUCCAUAAGUACAUAGUUGACAAGCAAUGUGAAGAACUUGUUUUAAAACAUCCUGUAGAAAGUUUAUAAAAAAAAAAAAACAGUAUUUGAGCAAAUUGUGGAAUAUAAAUACAACUAUUUUUAAGUAAUUGCCUUUUUUCUCUAAUGUGUUAUUCUGUGGUCUAAACCAAACCCAAUUAAAGUAUAUGUAUUAUUG